GCAUUCUAAAAUAAAAACUGAAACUUUUAUUUAUUUUUCAUUCAGGCAAAUACAUUUCUGGCCCUUCAACUCGCUUUAGUUUCCUUUUUAAUUGUUUUUUUAAAACCCAAAAUUAAGUAUUACUGAAGUCCAGAAUUUUUUUUUAAAAUCCAACCGCUAUGUGUGAUCAACAAAUUUUAUUCGAAGUUCCUGAAGAAAAUGUAACAGGCGAAGCAAAUGCCGAUAUGUUACAAGAACCAAUUAGUAAAGCGUGCUCUCCGCAAGAUUACGUCCAGCAAAAUUGCUCGCCAAUAAAAUGUCAAGUCCCAUCGUCUUUUGAAUCAUGCCAAGCUCAAAACCCUGUUAAUUGCUCAUGUGAUAUGGAUUGUUGCUAUGAACAGCCUCCACGGCAGCCAAUGUGCAAGCCUAUGGUUAGCUAUGUUCGUCCGACUCAACCUAUAGAUACGAAUACUAUCUAUAAGUGUUCCUAUGUUGGGAAUUCUGGAUACAAGCGAGUUAUGCCGAUUCAUGUACAGGAUAGUAUGCAACCAUUUCAAGGUCCAAUGGAUGCUAAUACAAUCCAGAAGCUUUCAUUUCAACCUCAUUGUCAAGCUGUACGUGCCCAGCCUAUAAAACCAAAAGAAAACACCCAGCGAUUUAAUGGCCAAUUUUAUGAUUUAACAAGCCAAAAGCAUGACUUUGUUCCAAAAUGCUAUAGCAAGAGGCAGCCUCUUAAAGUUUCAGAUGGAAUUAUAAAACUGUGUGCACCGUUAGAAAAGUGUACCAUCAACAAACUUUCAUACAUGCCAUACGACAUCUGUAAUAAUCCUCCACCCAAACCUAUAAUUCAAACGGGGCACUAUAUUCGACCUGAUGCACCCGGUGAACGUUGUACUGUUCAAAAGUUGAGUUAUCUGCCUGUGCCAUUACCUGUCAAAGAUGAUAUGCCUUGGGCAAGAAGGGUCCAUGUGGAACCACCUCCAUGUGGUCCACUUUGUACUACAUAUAAACUUAGUUUUAUUCCCAAUUGUAAUCCUAAGAGGAUCCCAGCUCUGGCGCCGGAACAAGCUAUUAAAAUAUUUGGUUCGGAAAUGCCUGAUAAAAACACGGUCUACAAGCUAAGCUAUUUGAAGUCAUGUGGUACUAAACCAGGACUAAUUAUGCCAAGACCUGGAAUACAUUUGCCUUCAGGAAGAAUGGAAAAAUGCACAGUUUAUAAGUUAUCAUUUCAACCUCAAAAUUGCCCUGAACGUACAAAACCCUGUCGGCCAAAGGGAAAUGUAUGCAGAUCGACUGAGCCCAUUCAAGAUAUUACAACGCAAAAGCAUGAUUUCGUUCCAAAACCCAAUUGUCGACGUGGUCUUCUUGUGCCUCCGACAUCAAUGUGUACACCUAGUUGCCCAAUGGAAAAAUGUACAAUCAACAAAUUAUCAUAUUUGCCUCAGGUAAAUCCGGUUAAAACGGGUCCUAUUUUACCAAGACAUGGAUUGGCCCCAAUCGAUGCACCAAUGGCAAAAUGCACAACUUAUAAACUAAGUUAUAUGCCUGUGCAAAUACCUCCAAAAGAGGUGUUACCAUGGGCAAGACAAACGUCGUGUAUGCGUCCGACUGCGCAAAUUGAAAGAUGCACAAUACAAAAGUUAAGCUAUGGAGCACCAGGAAAAUUCAUCCAAAAGGGUAAUUGUGGUUGCGGUUAUUCCAAUAAGACAAUGACAACGCAAUACCCAAAAGCCGCCGUUUGUGGUUGAUAUAAAGCCAAUUAAAAAUUUUAAUAACUUACAAAUAAAAUGCAUUUUUAUUUCAUUAAAGAUUCAAUAACAAAAAAAAACUUAAUUU